UUUAUAACAAAGAUGGCGUCUGUUUAACAAACGUGAUUGGUAAUUUUCUGAAUUUCACAAGAGACAAUAUGAAAGAAGAUAAAAGUGGAAUAAUAUCUUGCAAGACGCCAAUGUAUAUCUGAGAUUUAUAAAGCAUAACUGAUUAUGGGCAUAUUCAUCUUUCUGGCAGUCGUUCAGGUGCUGUCCUUGAAUGAGGCAUUCGACUUCUCUUGUCCAUCACAAUCGCAAUGGAAGCUUCGAGCCCAAUCUUUGUGUAAACCUUCAAAAAAUUAUACCUGCCUGUAUUACCAGACUCUGAAAGUAAACGAAUACCAAGAUAGAUGUAGUAAACCUAGAAUUGAAGCUCCAGGAUAUAGAUUCAUCUUUCAGCCCAACCUUAAUCGAGCAAAGUGUAGCAUAACACGAUAUCAGCCAUUUAUUUUUGACACGGUUGGGAACAGCGAUUGCAAUUUUCUCAAAUCCGUUUGCAACAGUGAGGGCCAGAUGACGUAUGAAAACGGCAACACAAUUUCAGACAGAACAUGUAUAUGUAAUAAUUAUAACGGGUAUACUUUUGUGAAGAAACCAAUGAACCAAAGCUUCUGCAAGCCCUUCAGUGAAGAUUGUUCUUGCUUUGUCAGUAUUCAUCCGAACAAUAAAUCGAACUGCUCCUUAGAUGUUAAAUGCUCAGUUGAAAUAGAUAGUAUGACAAACCGUUCAUUGGAAUAUAUGUUUAAUAUAUCACAGUUACUAGACAACAAUAGAUAUAAUCUAGAUUCUCCUACUCAUGCAAUGCGUACAAAAAUUCCUGCAAUUGUCCUGAUAAUUCUGGUUUUAUGCUAUCUUGUCGCUUUGUGGAUUUACAUUCUACAAACAAAUAUUGAACAAGUCGUGACAGAUAGAUUGUCAGAAGAAGAAGAAGAAGAAGAAGAAAGAAAGAAACGUGAAAAAGUAAUAAGUUCAGAAAUGGAAAAUCGGCAUUUCCUGAGAAUAAUGAUUGUUGGCAAGGAAAGGGUUGGAAAAACCUGCCUAUUAAAGAGAUUAUUAAACGAAAGUAUUGAUAAAGUAUCUAGUACAGAUGGUGUUCAAGUUGUCGUUCGUCAGUGCAAAAUAGACAUAAAAGAUGGAAAAUGGAUAAUCGGCAAAGAUAAAUCUAAUGACAAGAAAGACCGACUGGACAGAGCAUUCGCCAAAAGCAAAACGAAAAAAGCCUUUAAUAUUCCAGAAACGGAACUGCACAUCUCAAAAAACUUACAAGAUGCUGGUGACAAUACACCAGAUGACAAGCCAAUAGAUGACAAAUAUGCAGGUGAAAAAACUGAUAAAACAAUGGAAGCUAUCGAAUUUUCGAAACAAGAAACGAAUGACACCAUUAACACCAAAAGCAUCAUCAAUCACAAGGAAUCUGAAACCGACAUUCAAAACAUUGUUAAAACGAAUGACAACAUCCAACGAGAUAUUAAAAGAAACGAUUAUAAACAAUUGCUGGAUACCUCAAAUGACAACCCGAAUGAGGCCAAAUCAUCGAAAAAAGAUUACUUUAUCGGAAAACAAGAUAAAACAAGAACAGAAACAAUUGAAGAAUCAGAAGAAAUCCAAGUUGAACGUAAGACUCAACCCUUAGAAAUGCCAUCUGAUCUGAUGUCUAACAUAUAUUCUAAUUCUUCUAAAGAAGAUUCGAAGAGUGAGAGCCAGUAUGCACCAUGCGGACUAUGGGACUUUGCUGGACAGCGUGAAUUUUAUGCUACACAUCAGGCAUUUUUGACAAACAGCUGUAUAUAUAUAUUGGUUGCAAGUAUGAAAGAGGAAGUUGAAAAAAAGAAUGUGAGCUUUACAGAAUUUGGAAAUCUAGGAGAAUAUGUUGAUUUUUGGUUUGACAAUAUUCAUUGUCAUCAAUCAGAAGAGAAAUCCGUACCGGAGUCACUCGACCCUCCAGUCAUAUUGGUAUUCACAGAAACAGACCAGUAUACUAAAGUAGGAAGUUAA